CCUCACAGCACUAAAACCUUCAAGCAACCCUUCAUGGAAGUACAAUUCCGAGUGGAAGUAGAAACGUACACGAUCAGCAACAUAUUUUUUUUUCUUUCUUUCUUUUCCCCCCUUUCAUACAGCACUACGUUAGGAAGUAGGUAUGCAAUGGGCCUAUUCGGACUUAUAUGCGAUGGAUUUGAUUUGCGAUUGGGGAAGAACACCCACCCCCAAAAAAGUGAUUACGUUGGAAAUGGACUUACUAAAAAGUAGGUGAUGGAGAUGAUCGGAUUCUUUUCUCCGUCUCAGCUACACUUGUCUAUCUACUUGCUUGGUUAGUGUGGUGCUACUGCUACUGCUACUACGAGGAAAGGAGGGAGGGCGAUGCGUGUCAUAGGUAGAUGGGUACAGCUGGGUGGGGAUGAGGAGAGUCUGUGAGAUGCA